GAGGAGAUGAUACAUUGCGAGCUGAAAUGAUUGCACUUAGGGAUACGUUGUCUAUAGACAUUGAGAAUUCUUACGAAUCACAGAUGAAUAAAUUUAAUGAAUUACAUGAUAGAAUUGAUAAUGAAUCUAAUGAACUUAUUGAAAGCUUUAGAAAGUUGCAAUUAAAUGCUAGAGAUUACCUGAAAUCUCUUGAGGAGAAGUCGGAAUCUUCUUAUGAACUAGGCUUAAAUGUCAAAAAUGCUAGUAAAGUAUGGCAACAAAAUCUACAAACAUUGGCAGUGAAAUUGGCAUCCGCUCAAAAUCGGAUAUCCGAAUUGAUGGCGGAAAAAGAGAAGCUUGUUAAAAUGAAUGAAUAUGACACAAAUAGGGUUGCGACUCUGGAAGCUGAAAUCACUCGGUUAAAAGAGGAAUUGAAUAUACAAAAAAAACGUAGUGAAGACGAUGAUGUCGAAAACUGUGCUGAAAAUCUUGAAUCUUCAGGUCAAUCAAUCGAGAAUGCAUCACAUUCAACAACCAUUAUUACUGAGCAAUCAAAAUCUGCAACUGAUACUGACUCUAACGCCAGCCAUAACGGUAAUUUAGGUGUUAAUACGUUGGAACGUGAUAUAGGGCGUUCUUCUAAAAACGAAGAUGAACGAGAAACACUUAUCAAAAAACAUUAUGAAUUUAGAAUAACCCAAUUAACAGAUCAGUUACAAUUAGCGGAUAAAAAGUCGGUACAAUUAAAUAAAUCCUUAAAGGUCAUUCAAGACAAAUUGGUUGAUUCAGAAAAUCUAAAAUUGCGAUCAGAACAGGAAAAUGUGAAAUUACAAAAUGAAUUGUCUCAACUGAAGGAAAAAUUGAAUGAAGAGCGUGCAAAUUAUGACAAACAGGUUAAGGAAAUGGAGGGAUGGACUCAGCAACGGGAAAAUAAGAUUAAAGAGUUAAACGAUCAAUUAGUAGGGUUUGAAGCUGGAACUUCACGAAAUGAAUGA